AUAUGUUGUGGUCCGACUUGUAGUAAUUCGGCCCAUUAAUAAUGGAUCGAGGCCUACAGCCCCCUACCAUUUAGAUGGAUUUCUUCCUACUCUCUCCGAUCGACCGGCAAGUCAGCUCCCCGCCGCUGCCGCCGUCGACUGUGCUCGCCGCCCUCUUUAUCUAUCCUAGUGAUGUAGAUUCAUCUUGCAAUCUAUUGGAUGUUAGGGCUGCCGAUGUUUUUUCAGUCCGCAGCCCUAGUGAUGUGGAUUCAUCUUGCAAUCAAUUGGAUAUUAGGGCCGCCGAUGAUUUUCUGCCGCCUGAAGAUAAGCUGCGGGGAGUUUUCCUGCAGAAACUCCCCAGCAAAAUCGCGAUUCAUAGCGCAUUGAGCGGGGUUGGUGUAGAAUUAAAUAAUUAAGUAUUUUUUAAAGUAGUGAACAUGGGAGACUUAAGUGGUGAGGCGAUGUUAGUGUUUUUCAAUUGGGCAAUUGAGCAGCCAAAUUUGUCAAAAGGUGUUGGUGCCUUCCAUAUAGUGCUUAAAGCAUUGGGUAGGAGGAAAUCAUUUGUGCAUAUGAUGGAAAAGGUGAAAGAUAUGGGGAACAGAGGGGUAACCGUGAAUUCGGAGACCCUUUUCAUUGUUAUGGAUAGUUAUCUUCGCGCACAUCGUGUUUCUAAAGCUACAACAGUUUUUGGGGAAUUGGAGAAGUAUGGGUUAGAAUGCAAUAAGGAAACUUUGAGUGUUGCGUUGAGUUGCUUGUCACAGCGAUCACAUGUAGGAACAGCGUGUUUGUUGUUUAAUAGAAUGAAAGAGAAGGUGCAGUGUGACAGUUCGAUGUAUAAAGGAUGGUCAAAGCUUGGUAAAGUUACUGAAGUUGAGAAGUUUUUGAAGUUGAUGGUGGAUGAUGGAGUUGAGCCUAAUUGUGCAACUCAUAGCUAUGUCAUUGAGGAGUUUGGCAGAGCUGGUAGAUUCGAUGAUGCGAUCAGAAUUUUCAACUACUUGGAGGAGAAAGGGAGUGCACUGAGUAGUGAGGUUUCCAAUGCCAUGAUCUUCAACUGUAUUGCUAAUCAUGACAUCGGUGGGGCGUUGAAAUACCACAAGGGGAUGGUGCACGAUGGUUUUGAACCAAGCGUGGAUACUUAUGUCAGGAUAAUACUGUAUUUCCUCAAAAGAAGAAGAGUUUCAGAUGCCAUCGAAUUGCUCGAUGUGAUGCUUGGUCGAGGCGUGAUUCCUUCAACGGGGGCUUUGACCGAGAUCUUGAAGCCAUUGUGUAGCUACGGUCCGCCAUAUGCUGCAUUGAUGGUGUACAACAAGACAAGGAAGGCAGGUUGUAAAGUAUCGCUGACGGGCUAUAAGCUGCUACUCAUGAGGCUAUCUAGGUUUGGAAAGUGUGGAAUGCUGCUGAAAAUGUGGGAGGAAAUGCAAGAGAGUGGGUAUGGUUGUGAUAUGCAGGUUUAUGAGUAUCUCAUAAAUGGUCUGUGCGACACAGGGAGGCUUGAAUCUGCAGUGCUGGUUAUGGAGGAAUAUAUUAGCAAGGGAUUAUUCCCUAGCAAAAUCAUUUCUAGCAAAUUAUAUAAUAGGUUGAUGGAUUCAAAUAAAGUGGAUGUGGCUUACAAGCUAUUUCUCAAGUUGAGAAAUGCUAGGCUAAAUGAAAAUGCCCAAAGGUAUUGGAGAGGUAAAGGUUGGCAUUUUUAAUUUAUUGUUGUGUAAUCUUCUGGAUUUGAUUGUUCAAGGUAAA